AUGGCACAAGACCUCACAGCACAGACCUCACAGCACAAGAACCUCACAGCACAAGACCACACAGCACAAGACCUCACAGCACAAGACCUCACAGCACAAGGACACCAUACAAGACCUCACGGCACAAAACCCCACAGCCCAAGACCUCCACAGCACAAGACCUCCAGCACAAGACCUCACAACACAAGACCUCACAGCACAAGACCUCCUAGCACAAGACCUUAUAGCACCAAGACCUCCCAGCACAGAACCUCACAGCACAAGACCUCACAGCACAAGACCUCACAGCACAAGACCUCCUGGCCUAAGACCUCACGGCACAAGACCUCACAGCCCAAGACCUCGGCACAAGACCUCCAGCCCAAGACCUCACAGCACAAGACCUCACAGCACAAGACCUCACAGCACAAGACCUCACAGCACAAGACCACAGCACAAGACCUCACAGCACAAGACCUCACAGCACAAGACCUCACAGCACAAGACCUCCACGGCACAAGACCUCACAGCCCAAGACCUCACAGCACAAGACCUCACCACAAGACCUCACAGCACAAGACCUCACAGCACAAGACCUCACAGCACAAGACCUCACAGCACAAGACCUUCAGCACAAGACCUUAUAGCACAAGACCUCACAGCACAAGAACCUCACAGCACAAGACCUCACAGCACAAGACCUCACAGCACAAGACCUCACAGCACCAGGUGACAGAAAGACAUCUUAAAGUGGACAGGACCGACAUACGUCCCUCAGCGGUUACUGCCUCAAGGAAGACCCAUCACUGUACUGAUUACAUGCAGGAGCUAUUACAGACCAAACGUGCAGAGGCCAUCAACCUCAGAGGCCAUCAACCUCAGAGGCCAUCAACCUCAGAGGCCAUCAACCUCAGAGGCCAUCAACCUCAGAGGCCAUCAACCUCAGAGGCCAUCAACCUCAAGAAAUCAACCUCAGAGGCCAUCAACCUCAGAGGCCAUCAACCCCAGAGGCCAUCAACCUCCAAGACCAUCAACCUCCAGAGGCCAUCAACCUCCAGGGCCAUCAACCUCAGAUGCCAUCAACCUCAGAUGCCAUCAACCUCAGAGGCCAUCAACCUCAGAGACCAUCAACCUCAGAGACCAUCAACCUCAGAUGCCAUCAACCUCAAAGACCAUUCAACCUCGGACCAUUCAACCUCAGAUGCCAUCAACUUCAAAGGCCAUUCAACCUCAAAGACCAUUCAACCUCAGAGACCAUCAACCUCAGAUGCCAUCAACCUCAGAGGCCAUCAACCUCCAGAUGCCAUCAACCUCAAAGACCAUUCAACCUCGGACCAUUCAACCUCAGAUGCCAUCAACUUCAAAGGCCAUUCAACCUCAAAGACCAUUCAACCUCGGACCAUUCGACCUCCAGAGGCCAUCAACCUCGGACCAAUCGACCUCAGAGGCCAUCAACCUCAAAGACCAUUCAACCUCGGACCAUUCAACCUCCAGAGAUCAUUCAACCUCAGACCAUUCAAUCUCAGACCAUUCAACCUCAGACCAUUCAACCCUAAAGACCAUUUCAACCUCAGACCAUUCAACCUCAGACCAUUCAAUCUCAGAUCAUUCAACCUCAGACCAUUCAAUCUCAGACCAUUCAACCUCAGACCAUUCAACCUCAGACCAUUCAAUCUCAGAUCUUUCAACCUCAGACCAUUCAACCUCAGACCAUUCAACCCUAGACCAAUCAACCUCAACCAUUCAACCUCAGACCUUCAAUCUCAGACAUUCAACCUAAGACCAUUCAAUCUCACCAUUCAACCUCAGAUCAUUCAACCUCAGACCAUUCAACCUCAGACCAUUCAACCCUAA